UAAAAUAAAUCAAUUCCUUGAAAUCAUGCAUGUGUCAUCAAAUUUUAACAGCCAAUUGUUACACAGCACGAUGUUGAGUUGGUAUAAAAAGACUGAGCGGGUGAGUGCGUGUUGUUCGAGACGACAGGUAUUGACAUCACAUCACAGAAACUAAGCAUGGAGUUCUUGAAAGUCCUCGUGGUUUUGAUCGUAGUUGUGCACGGUUCGCUAUCAAAACCAGUGAGUUUUGAGGAUGAACUACGUGUCAUCGUCGGAAAACUAGAGAGACUCUCGGCAAGUUUAAGACAGUAUGUGGUUGACGGUAGUAGGCUCGAUAAUUCUUUGAGCGGUAUCGUGCCACUGAGCGGGUCUACGCCAGAAUUCCCUAUCCCCGGUACCAGACUACUCGGACCUUGGGUGCUCGAUAACGAUGAACUUGGCCCCUCUUCUCCAACAUGGCUCAACAAAAUAUUCGGAAAACUUCUGAGGCCAUACUUCAGCAGUUUUCCAAAUGGACCAUAUUCAUCGGAGAUGCAGUUAACACCACAUAAUGUUGUUGCAAUGCUGAAUGCAUGGUAUGACAAUGCGGAUCAAAUGAUGACCAAGGAACAGACAUUCUUUAACGUUGCCAGGGAGUUCUUUGAAGCUCAUUUCCAGUGUGCAGCGACAAAAAUCAACCAAAUAGUUUUCUAUGUUCUCAAGGACCAAGUGCAUACAAUGUCCGAAGAUGACUGGAAAAUUAACACUCGCGUGAAGACAGUUUUAAUGAAUUGGAUAACAGAUACGGCUGUUGUGGACAAAGUCACCCAGAAAAUUGUUAUGGCAGCGCACAGACAUGCAUACGGGGACAUUAUGGAGCACACUGAAUAUUUCCAACUUAAUGUUUCAGAUAUCAUGGAGUUCCUUGCCAAAAUGAAAAUGCUCAUGUGGAAAGCUGAGCAAGAUAAAUGGACACCAGUCAUGUUCGAUGAGAAACUUAAUCGACUUUUGACAGACAAUGAUCUUGUCUUUCAGUGCCCGAGUGUACAAGACCUAUGGAAAUUCCACCAAACAUUUCUUAGCCGUUUUCAAGAGAGAUUAUCCGAAAUCAAACCCUUCGCUGAGACAGAGGCUUGGCUAAAGAAAGUCCUACCCGUAUACAUGACUACAAACGCCAUCCCCACCAUUUCUGCAAUCCUACAAAAGUACAAGGACUACAUCAAGUCGGCCAUGCUGCACUUCGAACAAGUGGAGGAGCACGUGACUAGCAGAAAUACGGCCGACAUCACAAGUAUCAUGUCCCAAUUCCUUGAUAAUGAUUUAGAUAACACUGAAUACUACACCACAUCAGCUCCAGUAUUUGCAGUCUAUCUUUGAAUUUCUCAAUACUGAGAAUACCCGCGACAUCGCGGGAAUGGGAUACAUGAGGAACGAAAAUACCGGUAACGGACGUUCCAAGGGCAGAUGCACCGAAUUCGACGGGAGAUGUAGAUGAAACGGACGUCUGGGCCGUAUGGGUUAUCGACAUGUAAUAUACAAACCGUGUGAAAAGCAUUGACCCUUACGUAGGGCUUUCAAAAACUCCUUUUCUUUGAAAAAUAAAAUAUCAUAUACC